AUGGCUGUGGCGCUGGUACAGAUGGUUCUAAAAAGCAUUCAAGACGAUUUAUUGUCUGUGGUAACCAAUGACCCGAAUUUCGCCGAGCCGAAGCACAUGGCAUCCGGGCAAAGCUCAGAUAUCCUGUCGGCCAUCCACCCGAAUGAAUUCUAUAGUGGGCAUACUAGAUGGGGGUCCUUUAGGGCAGACAUUGACAGUAAGCUUGGAGCGGUCCCAUACAGGCUUGGCAGGGGCUCUGACAUAGAAGCAGCUGUCGAGUCUCUGAGCAGGGACUUGACGGCCGCAUAUGAGGAAAACUGCCCGUUACGCAAAGUACAAGGUAAGGGCAAGGCAACCUUCUGGACCAAAGAUUUAGAGGAUAGAAAACGAGCGGUGCACAAACUUCUUAGCAGAGUUAAGCACAGGAGAGGUUCUCCUCUAUGGGAAGAAUACAAAAAGGCAUUGCAGGAGUACAAAAAGGAGAUUAGAAGGGCCUCCAGAGAAUCCUGGAGGCACUUCUGUCAGUCCAUAAAUGACAUUCCUGCUACUGCAAGAAUACACAGAGUCCUAUGCAAAGACACUAAAGCAAGAUUGGGAUCUCUGCAUGAUCCCUCGGGAGGGAACACUACUUCCGAGGAAGAUACUCUGAGGCUUCUGAUGGAUACGCACUUUCCCGGUUCCACAGUAGCGCGAUCAAUCACAGAGUGCAUGCAGUUGCGCAGGCCCUCAAGGGAGGACUGGCGCACGGCAAGGGAGAUUGUCACCUUCGAAAGGACGGUAUGGGCAGUAGAUUCGUUUGCCCCAUACAAAAGUCCAGGUCUGGACGGCGUAUUUCCGGCCAUGUUACAGCAGGGACGGAUUUCGGUUGUUCCUUACCUGUUGAAUGUGUUUCGAGCAUGUGUGGCCACGGGCUUCACACCUAGAAGUUGGCGGCAGGCUAAAGUGGUAUUCAUUCCUAAACCGGGCAGAGAUAGAUAUACUGGCCCGAAGGAUUUUCGACCGAUUACUCUUUCAUCUUUUGUGCUUAAGACCCUGGAAAGGAUAGUUGAUAGAUACCUAAGGGAUGGCCCUGGAAAGGUGUGUCAUUCAUACCUAAGGGAUGGCCCACUGGAAUGUCAUUCAUGCAAAUCAGUUUGCAUACCAAGCUGGAAAAUCGACUGA